CUGUGCAGGGAAGCUGCGGGAUGCAAUCGAGGCAUGACCUGCGGUUUUUUUUUUCAUCUCGGUCACCUUUUUAGAACCCACAGGACGAACGCUCUUGUCGGCGUUUAAACCACGGAGUGCACGCCCAAAUGCCUUCGACGUCUCGAGCAAGAAACGCCGUUUGUUAUGUUAGCUUAGCUUAGAAUGGUUAGCUUGAAGGCUGGGGAGUUAAGCUAGUCAAGCAGCAUCGCUAUGUUUGUCUGUUAUGGACGCAAUUUUGGGGGUUGUUUAAUUCUACAUGUACGCUGGGGUCUUGUUGAAUGAGCGCAUUGUCGAAAUAGAAGCAUGUUUACUGCGUCCAAAUUACCCGGCUUCAGUUCGUUGGCUUUGUCCACUUGCUGACUCGAGUCGGCAGAUGUCAUACGCCGAACCUUUUAAAGUCGCUAUUAAUGUUACAGAACGACGUUACUUUAAGAAAAGUUCCCGGCCCCCUUUUGAGUUUCGAGGCACUUCAUACAUGUCUGAAUCGGGAUAAUAAGGAUGAGAGGUCUUCAUCUCUCACACAAGCCCGUGCUGCUUCCCUUAUCGAUUAGCUGACCAACAUCUGCCGCAGCCGGGAGGACUGAGCAAGGAGAAACCGGGGACCCCCAAAAUACCGUAGCUCUGGUGCACAUUUGUCAAACAAUGGCUGCUAGUGGGCUGCACGCGCUGUCCAAGCAGAGCAACGUGGCAGUGCCAGUGGCAGGACUGUCAGCAAUGUCCCUCAGCAACACGUCCUCGGGCCCGACACCAGCUCCUGAUAACAGGGGUUGUAAGAAUGGCGCCCUAAUGAACUCGUUUGGGAUCUUCCUUCAAGGACUCCUUGCUGUGAUGGCUUUCAGCAUUCUCAUGUUGAAACGCUUCCGGGAGCCCAAACAUGAGAGGAGACCCUGGAGAAUCUGGUUCCUGGAUACUUCCAAACAGGCGAUUGGGAUGCUCUUCAUCCACUUUGCUAAUGUUUACCUUUCAGACCUUAAUGAGGAGGAUCCCUGCUCGUUGCACACUGGAACCAAUGCUUUGUUUCCUAGAUACCUCAUUAACUUCUUAUUGGAUGCCUCUCUGGGCAUGUUGUUCAUCUACGCUGGCGUACGAGCCGUCAGUGCAGUUGUCGAGUGGAGGCAAUGGGAGUCUCUCCGUUUUGGAGAAUACGGAGAGCCUAUACAGUGCUCAGCAUGGUUGGGUCAGUGUAUUCUCUACAUCCUCAUCAUGAUGUUUGAGAAAGUCCUUAUCAUGCUGGUCCUCCUCAUCCCCCAAUGGAAGAAGCUGGCGCUCCUCAACCCCAUAGACAAUCCUGAGUUGGAACUGGCCCUCGUCAUGCUUAUCGUUCCAUUCUUCGUGAACGCCCUCAUGUUUUGGGUGGUUGACAAUUUCCUUAUGAAGAAGCACAGGACCAAAGCGAAGCUAGAGGAGAGAGAAGAGGAUUUGCGGGGGAACGGCAAGGUGCGCUACAGACGAGCUCUGUCCCACGACGACUCCGAGUCAGAGAUCCUUUUCUCAGCAGACGAUGAAAUGGAUGAGUCAGACGAGGACGAUGUUCGCCGCCUUAUGGGUCUGAAGACGGUUAAGAAGAAGAAGCUGCGCAUGGGUAUCCCCGUUUGACUGAAUGCCUCGAUAAAUGCGGGGCCAGCUACGAACGUUUCCCCCACUUCCACUGCAGCCUGAUCAUCAACCUACUCAAGAGACCCUUUCAAACAUAGGAACCCCUUUAAUGGCAGUCAUCCAGGUACCCUAAAUGACUCCUGCAGGUUAAACACACUUGGGUUGGUUUUUAUGUUGCAUUUUGAAAUGACACACCUGAGUGAGUGUGGUGUGAGUAUACGAGGAAAAUACAAUACAUAAAGCUGGGCUUACUACGAUGUAUGGACUUGUGUGACGUUGUGCCACCGCACUAAUCUAUGACCACAGAAGAACAGUCACCAUGCACCUUUCUUCUGUUUUGUGUAUUCUUGAUACGGAUUCCAUUUGUGUUCUCAUGUCGAUGUACCACCAUGGGCGCGUGCACAUGCUCUGCUCGUCGCCCCUCAAGCUUGGAGGCAUGUUCAGCACCAUUUCACCCUGAACUACUGUAAAUGUUCCUCACGUCGGAGGUCGCACAUAAAGGUCUGCAGCAUAAGUGACUUAAAAAAAAAAAAAAAGACAACAGCAAGUCCAGUCACUGCAGAAGUCCUUAAAUAUCCACUCUACUGGUGUACUGUGUCUUAAAGACUGCAAUUCUACUCUGUUUUUUUUUUUGUCCCCGUCUAACUAUGUUGUGUUUGAGUGUCUACUCUCCUGUGUCAUUUUUCAUACAGUUUUUAUUUUGUGGGCCAAAAGAUCGAGUAUGCUUUGCUCCAAAAUGUUCUUUAUCCCAUCAUUCUUUUGCACAAUUGAUCACAUUGUUUCUCUUUCCUUUGGUGUUUCUUUGGCACUACCGCGUGCACGAGUGACAUUACCAACAAGUGUUUUGUUUGGUAGUUUUGAUGUGAUUUUGUUUGGUUUAACCAGAGCGCUUGAUGUUCAGGCAUAAUGGAGAAUUCAGGAGGCUCUGAUUUGAAGAAUGUGAUGAGCAUAGACCUCAAUACUGUUAAGUGACUGUGGACCAAACAGUUGGGAGAAAGGGUGUUUGUAUAAAAUAUACGCCUGCGUGUGCAGUUGAUGUGAACGAUGCAGCCCUUUAAAGUAAAUGGAACGAUAUACAUUAUUAACUGUGACUGUGAUGAUACGGCGCUGUUGUGGACAAUUUCAUGGUAGCAUGAAAAAGAUAUUUUAUUUGAAUGGAGGGAAAUCUUUGGCGUGUUUAUCUCGACCACGACAAGAAGAUGAAUUGUUUUGUUUUUUUGCAAAAUGAUUCAAACAAGAGGGAAAGAUAGUGAGAUAUCAUUAGAAAAGAUUUCCCAAUAAAGAAUGUGAUAAACUAUGUGGUGCAAUUGUCCCAAUAUUAGCUCCUCUUCAUAUUUGCAUAGUACCUGGGUGUUGUUGUGAUGCUUUGGCACCCCCAGCAAAUGAAUGUACUGUAGUACAUUUUAGAAUGUUUGUAUUUUACGCCACUAUAUUUUUAAUAAUAAUUGGUUUGUAAUAGGGGUGUUUCCGAUCACAUUUUUUUGCACCGGAGUCCGAGUCUGAAUUUAAGGAUCUGCCGAUACCGAGUCCCAAUCCAAUACCUUGACAAUGCAUUAAAAAAGAAAAAGAAAAUUCUCAAAUUAAUAUUAUGUGUCUCCUAUGUAUAUACAGUACAGUAAUUAUGCAUACAUGCAUACCAAAUAUAUAUGAAUAUUUUAUAUAUUAGGGCUGUUUGAUUACAGCCAAAAUAAUAAUCACGCUUAUUUUGAUCAAAAUAAUUAUGAUUAUUAAUCAUGUUUAUUCCUCAUGUUAGGGAAAAAUCUUUAUUUUUAUUGCACUACUUUUUAACAUACAAUAUUUAACAGUUUUCAGUUCAACAUGAAUCUUUAAAUAAUAAUAAUUAUAAUUAUAAAAAAUUAAUUUCUGAUCUUAUCUGUUCUCUACUUUCUUUGUAUGUAUGGAUUAUUUGGGUUGUUCCCAACAUCUGGUAAAAUCUUGAGGUCAAUAGCACAUUUAAUGAGAAAAAUGGUGACGCGUUAAAUACUUAUUUCAGCUGCUAUACAUCGGUGUCUUUGAGGUUGGUUUCCCCCCUCCAAUAUAUAGCCGCAGGUGCCGGACCACGAACGUGUGGGAGGUGCACUGUAUAGAAUACAGGUCACUCCUACUAAUACUGUAUAUUACAAACUAGGGCUGGCGUCAUCUCGCCUGUGGAGCUUGCAUGUUCUCCCCAUGCCUGCGUGGGUUUUCUCCGGACACUCCGGUUUCCUCCCACAUCCCAAUAACAUACAUGGUAAGUUAAUUGAAGACACUAAAUUGCACGUAGGUGUGAAUGUGAGUGCGAAUGGUUUUUUGUUUAUAUGUGCCGUGCGAUUGGCUGGUGACCAGAUCAGGAUGGACCCUGCCUUAAGCCCAGAGUCAGCUGGGAUAGGAUCCAACACUCCCAUGACCCUAGUGAGGAUAAGCGACACAGAAAAUGGAUGGAGGGAUGAAAUAUAGCCGCGUGACAUUUAUGCUAAAAGAAUGUUAACACUACGCAAAGAACAGAAAUUAUAGAUCAAUGUUCAGGAUGCCUAAUAUUUUAUUU